UCCGUCUUGUCGAUGGCACAAAAAUGGCCGCAAGAGGGCUGGUGUCUGUUCGUUGCUACGAUAAAAGGAUCAAAAUAAAUUUUAUUGAAAAAGUGUGAAAUAAAUUAAAAAGCUCUCCAUUUUAUUCUCAAGCCCAUUUAGUGCUUCAUCUUCUUAAUCCUCACUGCAUUUUCCAGGUAUCGUCCACCUGGAGCAGCGAGGAUACACAACAAAGUGGUGCGUGUAAAAGGCGCAGUGUGAUGGUUGUGAAAGAGUUUUGUGUUACACAAGCAAAGUGUUUGAUUUCCGUGUAAAAUCUUGGAACGUGUAUUGAGUGGGGUAUCAUCGGAAGGAAAGAAUUUAAUCAAAAGGCUCUCAAUCUCUUCCGUACCUCACCCCGAAAACCCUCACACGUCAAUUGAACUUGUGCUUGAAAUUUUUGCACGGGUGUACAUUGUGAAAAGCGGGUGGAAAAGGUCACCCUCCCGCUCCCCGGGAUUGUCAUCUCAAACUGCAUCAGGUAGUCCAAUGCAAAGACGAAUCGCCAUGGUAUCCAGUACUACUAUCGUGUGAUUUGGUGUGGGUGAAAUCAAUCAGAAAAAAUGUACGUGAGUGCAAGUCCACCGGGUCGUAAGAAACGCACCAAGAGAACAACAUGGGGCUCCCGGGAUCGUGCUGGUAUGAGCUUUCUCAUUGUUGUCGCCUUCUUUGCUAUUUUUGGCAUCAUAAUACUCACAGAGGUCUUCAUGAUUGACGACAGAAGUCGAACAGGUGGCUCUAUCUUGCGCCAUGUCAGCCUGUCCAAUCGCUUAGGAGAAUCCAUUCCUGAUUAUGAAGACACAAAGCUGGACUACAACUUCGACGAGGGUUCACUGUUUGUGCGGGAGAAGUUUUCCCGAGAUCGCUCCGGUGGGUUUCGUCUCAAUGAUCCCAUCCUCUUUGAUUCAGCCAACAUCCAGGUACCCAUUCCGGUGGCGCCUGAUGGUGAAACACGCGGUCACAAUGCCGCUGCGGGCAUCCACGCCAUCCCAUGGGGUCAGCUGCUUGAUCCGAAGAUCGAGAAAACCCUCCCCACGUACCCACAUGUAGGCAAUGCCAGCCGCACGCCAACUGAUGGCUCAUGGCAGGUUGUUAAUGGAACCCGCUUCAAGUUCUUCGUCUUUUCCGCCUUCUACGAUCGUCGUGAUGCACGCAUGAUACGUGUUGUAGGUGCUACAAAGACACGCGGUCCUGAGCGUGUGUGGUGUCGCUUCUGGUAUCCCACCGCCAAUGGCACACACUAUUACUCAGCAUCCGUGAUGGCACGCGUAAAGGUGAUCCGUGAAAAUUGGAAUCUCAAAUAUAGCGCUUGCUUCAUCAUCUGCCCCCUGCGUGCUGCUAAGCUCAAUGUUCCCCAGGCCGUGAGCAUCGUGGCACGGCUACGUCUUCCACCAAGCAAUGUGCUCCUUCUACGUAACACUGAUCGUGAUGUCGAUGUUAACCGUACGGUGACUAAUAGCACAGAACUAGGGGUGUGCGUGAAGCCACUUCACUUUAACUAUGACAAAGCUCUCUACCUGCUAGAGUUCCUGGAACUUAACUCCAUCCUCGGGGUGUCUCAUUUUACCUUCUACAACCACACAAUUGGACCACGUGUGGCCUGCAUCCUCAAGCACUACAUGAACGGCGAUAUCCAUCGGUUGCACCUGCGCAAUAAUCAGAGUGUUGAAAAGCAGGUAACCAUCUCACUGCUUCCGUGGAACUUGAGGAUGCAAUCGCAAAAGGAAAUUCGCACUGAGGGUCUCUUUGCUGCACUCAAUGAUUGCCUCUAUCGCAGCAUGUAUCGUCACACCCACGUAGCUCUUAUUGAUCUGGACGAAUACAUCAUUCCACGGCACAACUAUACGCUUACCGAACUCCUACAUUGGCUCUCAAAGCGCAUCAAUUCACGCAACACCGGAGCCUAUUCCUUUCAAAAUGCUUUCUUCUACCUUCAAUUUGCCGAUGAUGGUAUUGUCUACGACGCUGAUGCCCCAAAUGCAGACCUACGUGCCAACUUACUGACACAGCGCAAGACAAGACGACGAUCGAAACUGCACCCGCAGAAGCAACGAUCAAAGUACAUCUGUCGCCCGGAAGUUGUGAUCGAGGCUGGGAAUCACUUUGUAUGGGAAUUCAUCCCUGGUCGGGGAACCCUCAAUGUGCCUGCAGACUCAGCCAUUCUCCAGCACUAUCGUGUGUGCGAAUUCGGCGGGAAUGAUUGCAUAAAGACACCCUCGAUCACCGAUCGUACAGCACACAAGUACAGUGCCGCCCUUGUGGAUCGUAUCUCAUCGAUCUACACGCAUCUCAAGGAUACGUGUCACUUGCCCAAUUUACCAGCACCACCCACACGCCCACCGCCAACAAAGAAGCACGUUCUCACUGUAAACAACAUCCCUCAGAACGCAACGAAGCGACGCAAGGUACGCUAAACGAAUACACCGAGUCACCGAUGGAAUUCCAUAAUGUUUUUAGAAUUUGUAGUCAUAGGAACUCGAUUAAUGCUCACGAAUCAGGAAGGAAGGAUAAAGUAGCAAAAGAGGUACCCGAUUAUAUGUAGAGAUGUACCUUGAAGAAUAAUCAAAGAAUGACGCAGGUUUUGGUAUUUCUUUUUAAAGGAAUAAGGAGGUUUUUAACUAAAGGUGAAAAAAGUUAUUUGAACCCUGCGUAAUAGGCAAGAUCUGAGGUAAAAGGAUAAUUCUCAGAGGAUAUAUUUAGGCUUUGUCAACGACUGAAUCUCAACUAAAUAACUUAUAAAAGUUACGGGUUUUUUUUAAACUAACCUUUCACCCAAAACUGGGUACAUAGGGGGACAUGGGGCAAUUUGUUAGUUUUUUGGGAGAAACAUUUUCCUGAUUUUCCUGAAAAUAUUUGAGUUUUCUCAUGAAGACUAUCUUAUAGGAAAUUUUCCAGGCUACAACUUUGACUCAGACGAUUAUUUUCUAUCUCAACGGGAAAAUGCAUUUUCAGGACAUUUUCCAAACCCUUGCACAUUUGCCUGUUCCAAAAAUCAUGGGGCAAAAUGUUAGUUUGCGUUUUUUGGCCUUAAAUUUCAAUUUUAUGAAUUUAUUUCAUCUUCUAGACACUAUAUUUGUGUAACAAUUAGAAUUUUUUUUUAAUAAAAAAAAAACAAAAAAAAUGAAAAAUAAAAUUGAACUUUUUAUUUUUUAAAUAAUUUUAUAUUAGUAAUAGAGAGUAAUAUAACAUGCUAAAUUAAAAGUAUUAAGUGUGCUGACUCGGGAAAAAUAAAAAAAAAAUAAAUUUAAAAAAAGUUAACUGCCUUAAAAACAGUUUCUAACAUUUUGCCCCAAGUGGUACUUUUUAGUGUCAGUGUUCUACGGGUAAACCCGGAAAAUUUUUUCGGAAAAUUUAGACUUGAUUCGUGUUCAGCAAUAGUUACUCUAUCUAAAAAUACAUUUGGAUCAAAAAAAUUACAGAGAAAUACGCCAAAACACGAUAUUAAAAUGAAAGGUCAAAGUAACUUUGAAAUUUGAAAAAUUUGUUUUUUAAAUAAAUCCCAAAAUAUUAGAUCAAUUAUUAUAAAACUUUAUAGGCUUAGUUAGAGUUAUAAAAGGUAUCAUUUGACUAAAUUAGAACAAUUACGAAAUAAUAUUUACUGAGAUAUUGGAGAUGUGUGGUCUUGAUUUUCUAACAUUUUGCCCCAUUUCCCCCUACUUUUAAAAUUUUUCAGCGACGUUUUGGAUAAUAAGAAAAUCAUUUCCAGGCUAAAACGUCUAUGUUCAUAAAAGAAAGAGAAAAAAAACCAUUACCUACAUUAAUUAAAAAAAAAAGAAACAAUAAUAAAAAUAAAAUAGAGCAGAAAAUACAAAAUAAAAAUUUACAGAAAAAAAUUUAAAAAGAUUUUUUUAUUCCUUAAUUUAUAAAAAAAAAUUAUUGUCCUUCUUUUUAAAAGAUUUAAUAAAACAUUGAAAAAAAGAAGUUGAUCCCAUAAGAAAAAAUUCUUUUGAGUAGAUCAAAAUUUAUAAUGAGAGAAACGCCAAUGUUGGGUACCUCAUUUCAAUACCGAAGGAUAUCUAGGUUUAUCUAUACAUAGUUCAGUAUAUGUAAUUUAGUGCCCUUCUCAUUAAUAAAAAAAACUAAACUAAAUAGUAAUAAAAUUAUAUUUUGACUUGUAUACCUUUGCAUACGCAUAAAAUGGACGACAGAGCAAUGAUGAAGUUGUCAAGGAAAUUUGCCUAAAAAAUGUUAAAAAAAAAGAAGAAGAAAAUGUAGAAAGGAGGUGUAAAAGAAAGGAUGAAGAAGCAAGAAAAUUGGUGUAGCAGACACAUCAACAGCAAUUCCCAUCCCCAGAAUGUCAUGCGAUAAUGUUUUUGAGGGAAUUGAAUAAAUUGGUAAUAAAUUGGAGUGCCAAAGAAAAUUGAAUAAGAAAGAGAGAAUGAUUUUCACCCCACACCUUCAUUUUAAAAAAAAAUCUUGGGGCUGUGUGAGUGGGAAAAUCCUGGAAAAAACCACACAAAGUGAGCGAAAGCAUUCAAGUGGGAAGAUGAGCAAAGCAAGAAUCUCCCAGCCACCCCUCAAACCCCAAAUGACUUCGCCCCAAAAGAGGGAAAACAAUGGCUUUUCUGGCUCAACAAAAAGGCUUAAUAAAUGAAAAUCUCUCUUAUGUUUUUAUUUCGCAAAAAAAGGAGAAAAAAAAGUUAAUUUAGUUUAAGGGAAUGAGGAUUUGGAAUAACAGGAGAUUUUCAUUCACGUGCGAAAACGAUUUUCACGUAAUCCUCACGAAGGAAAAUGAGCGGAAAAUUGCAUUGAUGCUAUAUACUAUGGAAGAAGAAAAUAUCUCUUAAAAAAAAGCUCUAAAAGAAAAAUUAUUUCUAUUUCAAAAAUGCAGCUGCAAUUUAGAAUUUAAACAAAAAUGCUAAUGUAAGAAAAUAAAUUAUUUAGGCGCAGUUUAAUGAAAAUCGCUACGUUUAUAUACAGAAAAUUAUGUAGAAAUUUUAUUAUUUCCAAAGAAAACCAUAUCAAAAACAUAAAAAAGAAGAAUGAUUUUCUUAUAUUUUAAUUUGCUGUACUUCUCUUAGUGAUUAUAAAAAUAGAAACUUUAAUAAAUAAACUUUAUUUUUCAUUAA